AUGCAUGAGGCUGCAGAAGUAUCUUCUCAUUCAACAGACAAGGCCACGUGCUUCUCAGACUCUAUGGCCCUGAGGGUCCCCAGGAGGCACGUGGAGGGUGUGAGGCAGUGUCUGAGCAGAAUCCUGCCCUCGCAGGUACGGGCCAGUGGUUGGCUGGGUUUGAAACCGAUUCCACUGGCUGCUGCGUCCCCAACUGCUUGCAUUUUUCUUGUCAAAUGUGAUUACUUCUGCAUCCUGAUUCCCGAUGGUGACUUCACUUUUUAAGCCGGAUACUCGGCCUGCUUGGUGCAGAAGGAGAAAGCAAAUUACAGGCUGGGAAUCAGAAUAUUUCAGAGACGGGUGAAGGGGUUGGAGCAGAGCGACCGCUACAUAAUGAAGUGCCCAGUGUUAAGGUCCAGGCCGGGCCAAGAGAGCGGCCACUGCCGACCCACAUCCACGCAGCCAAAUUCCCGUGCGGGCAGCGAGGCCAAACACCAAGUAACCUCGUGUCACCCAUUCGGGAAGCGUGCUGCGCUGGCCAUGGGCAUGGCCCCUGGCGAAGGCACUGCCCCCAGCCUUUCGUCCACAUACCUGCCCAGUGUGUACUUCUCCGUGUCACCUGUCCUCUCCCCUCCAGUGUCGUCCCAGCCGGAUCCAGAGCCUGGAGCCUUCCCAGUGACGGAGAGCGGGAACUACGAGGCGGUCAGCACCCGGUGGCUGGGCGCUCCGGGCCCAGGCGGUCCAGGGAGCCUCAGGGAAGCUGGCCAUAGGGUAGCCCUGAGCCUGGGAUGGGCUGAGAUGGCCGCCCCAUCCUCUGGUCGGCAGAGAGCCCCUGUCAGGUCGGGGAAAGAAUUGCCUGCCUCAGCGGCCGCAUCGACGACUGCUCCCUGCCCACCAUCCCCAGGACCCGAGAACCAAACAGGAAUGCCUUCUGCUGCCUCUUCCCAGUUCCAAACGGCAGGACCAGCCGCCAUGGAAGUUUCUCGGCGCUUCACUCACCAACCUCUCGCUGGACAGGCUGGUGCGAGGACCCCCUCCACAGCCACCUCCCUGGGGUCUGAGCGAUCGGCAGUGUUCCCGGUCCUGAGGCCUUCUGUCACCCUAACUGAUGGUCUAGGAACUCUCAGGCCAGAGCAGGCCCCCACCCAGCCACCAGGAAGUCCCCUCUUGCUGGGAGGGUUGUCGGGGGAUGUGGCUGCCACUGAGUCCACGCAGAGGAGGCCUAGCCAGGCCAGCCAGGAGGUCCAGCCACUGGUGAGGCCCUCACUGACCAGCUGGGGGAAGAGGUGGCAGUGGAGGCCUGGGGCCGCCCGGGAAGGGGGCCAGAGGUACCUGGGCCUGUCAUCCCCAGAACCAAGUGAGGACAGGGAGCGGCCAGGACUCACCCUUCUGCUGGGGACACAUCCACUGCCCUAA